AUGGCGUCUAAUAACCAUGGGGCCUGUCCCAUCCCUUUUUUACAGGAAAGUCUUUUCCCGCUGGAAGGCGGAUUCGUUGAAGGCCGAGCUUGUGAACCGCUCGAGCUGCCCCAGGGCAAUGUCUCCUGCUGCUUGCCUUGUCCGCAAGUGGAAUGGAGAUACAAAGAAGGCUUUAUGGAAAAGACACAUGUCGCCAACUGGGUUGCGCUGGCUUGUUUCGUUGCGAACGCGCUGAUGCUGAUCACUUACGCUGUCCUGCCCGUUAAAUACUCGCACCGUCAUUAUCUGAGCAUCUGCCUGAUAAUCGGGCUGAUGCUGAUGGAACUUUCGUUCAUUAUCCCUCUCGGCGCGCGGCCAGACCAAUGCCAUAAUGCGAUUACGCCAAAUGAUAUGAGAUCCGAGAUAACUUGUGCUUUUACCAGUGCAUUGAUUCUGGGCGGCGGGUGGGCAACCGUCUUGUGGAGUUUCGCUCGCACGCUGUCACUACACCUACAGAUCUGCUGGGAUGUCGUACCUGGCCGCAAGUUUUUCCUCUCCGCCAUGGUCUUCGGAUGGGGAAUUCCGGUUGCAGGAGUCGCAGUCGCGUUGGCAGUCACUGGAAGCUCCUAUCGAUUCGGUGACGUUUGCCACAUCAAUCAUGACUACGGCCUUUACAAUUUCUGGGGCCCCCUGAUGGCCUUUGCGGCCGCAACCUUGAUAAUCCACCUGGCCACGCUGGGCUACUGCAUCCACGUUUACGUGAGAUCUAUGCUCACCAACAGCCCCACAACGGAUAACAGUUCCAAUCUACCCUCCUAUAGUGGAAGUGUCCGGACCCUCUCCGCACGUCAGACGUACCGCCGUGUUAAACGACUACUGCUACUGCAAUGGCGAGGUGUCGCUGUGGUCCUCACGAUCCUAGGAAACGUCAUUUUCUUCACCAUCAUUUUCCUUGCCCUGGAUAGCUCCGCCAGAAAAACACCAGAGAAUAUUAAAAAGUCCCAGCCCUGGCUGGUAUGCCUCGCCCUCUCGCAGGGUGACAAGAACAAGUGUGCCGAGAAAGCAACGGAUCUUGGACCCACAGAGCCCGCCGUGAUGGCUGUGUUGGUCCUGCUUGCCCUGUGUGGAUUCUGGGUUGUUAUCUUCCUGGGCCACGUUAGCAUGAUUACCGGUUGGGUGGAAUGGAUCAAAGAGAGAAGAAGUCUCAAGAAAGAAUUCGUCUCUAUCGAUGCACGGAAGAUGGGCACCCAGAGUCGCGCAUACGAGAUGCUUAGUGCUGAUCGCCAGCACUCGAUAAAGUCCCCAGAGCCACUUCUAUCUCCAAUCCGACACUCGGAUAAUUCGGUCUAUACAACUCCUGAAUAUGCCUACCUGGCGGAUGCAUCACCUGAUAGCUUUACCCGAGACGCCAAAUACCAGAGCCCUUUGUUGAGUUUUUCUUCUCCUCGCCCACCAAGCGCAAUGCGUGGCUUGUCCUCGCCUCGAGAAUGGGAUCCACGGGCUACGUUUGCCCCUAGUGGAACCGAGGGGUCGAAUCGGUAUGAUAACAAUCGGGAUUGGGCAUCCUGA